UGUUAGGUACUCCCUCUGUUCCGAAAUAAUUGUCGUUGGACAACUCCAGUACAAUUUCAGCCACGUUACGAAAUUAACGCACUUUCCCAUUUUACCCUCACUCGUCGCUCUCCUCCCCUUCGCCUCUCGCCGGCCACCACCUCGACCACCUCGCCGGCCACCACCUCGCUCACCUCGCCGGCCACCACCACGCCGGCCUAGCGGCCACCAUCACUUCCCGUCGCCGCCAUCAUUCUUCCGCCUCUACUCACACCCGUCGUCCACUCGCACCCUGCUCCACUCACACCCCGCGUCCAAGGUCAAAGUUCAGAUUUUUGCUCCGACGGCGAGCUUAUGGCGAUGGAGGAGCUGGAUCCGCGUGCGCCUGCUUUGGAUCUGGCGACGGAGGUGGUGGAUGCGACGUUUGAAGUACACAUGGGCGGCGGCCUGCUCCCCGCCGCGGCAUGGAGGUCGAGGGGCGGCGCGGCGCCGAGGCCGAGCCUGGUGGUGACGCGGACGACGAACGAGGAGGUGGUGUACGAGCUGCGGCAAGCCACGCUGGUGAAGGACCUAGGGGCGGCGGGCGCGGGAGGCCAAGGCGGGCAGGCGCCGCUAGUGGCUGGAGCAGCUUGAGCAGGAGGGCACGCCGAGCUCGGCUGGGGCCUCAUGAGUUGGGCGGCAUCUGGCGCCGCAGGGUCAGUGCGCCCUUCGCCGCCCUCCUCGUGGUGUCCGUCCUUGUCCUCGUCGUCUUCACUGGCCGCUUCCUGCAGGGCCCCGACGCUUCCUCGCGAUUCACCCCGGUACAUGUGGACGACUCCACACCCCGGACAGUCUCCUCCACGGACCAAGACUUGGAGACAUCUGAUUCAUCAAAUCAAGAAGGGGAGGGGGUGACCAAAAAAUUGAGCUUGAUGAAUCUUCCAUGGAGGCAAUGGAAGAGCAGAAACAGCCUUAAGAGGACACUCCUGGUGAGCAUUCAGGAAAAAGAACACUUGGCUGAACUUCAGGAAAAGGAUGCACUGAAUCUUACUAGCUGUUGGUGAAGUGUCAUUUUCUCACAAUAUAAGACAUCCGGACUCUAUCCUUGGUGGUCGAGCAGCCUUAACUACGGCUGAAUAAUUAUGUUGAAGCUUGCUGUUGUGGUCAUGCAACUAUUUCCAGGUAUGAUCUAAUGACUCGUCGGAAAGAAACCUGUCACAAAGAGCCUUUUGGCUUAACCCUCGUUACAUGUGGAAAUUUUGGUAAUACUUUGAAAUUUUGGAUGUGUCCUGGUUGCAAUUUCCUGAAACCAUACAGGUGUAGACUACAAUGCUUUCUAGUAGAAAACCAUUAAUAAAAGAAUAGACAAAUUGUUAUUCUAUUCUGUUCUACAAAAACAGGGGUAAUAGAAUGAAUUGGCUUAUUCACAUUUCACAUUCAUUUUAGCUAAUCAUUCUGCCAUUUAGUGCUCCAUAUCAGUGUGCAAGCUUAGUAGUGGUUUAUUUUCAGUCAUUUAUUUGAAAUGUCAUAGGUCAAGUUGUUUACAUGCUGCCGGAGUCCUCUGCUAGUUAGUGCCGACUGUGAUGAUGUUAACUUGAUAUUGCAUAUGUUUCUUUGCUCAGAACCAUUGGUUAGGACACUACUCAGAACCAUAGGAACAGUAUGUCAGAGUGUGACAGAUUAGGCUUUUGAUGCUUUCCCCACUUCUGCCUUCGAUAUCUUCAAAUACAAAAGUUUGCAGGCUUUGAUCCAUUUGAAAGGUCAACUUAUUUUGGACGACAGUUUGAUCUUGGACAGGUAAGCUAGAUAUUUUCCCCUUCUAACCAUUGAUGGUCAACAGUUAUCAUCCUUACUACUCCCUGGAGUAUUAAGCAGACUAUGGGUCGAAGAGGUGUUCCCCUUGUCAUCCUUUUAUUUGUUCAAAUUGGCCGCUUAAAUAAAUUCACGAGUACUAGUCUCUUCUGUCCAAAUUUUAACGAAGGUUAUGCCCUCGAUCUCAUUGUGCCGACAGAACCAGUUUAAGCAGAGAGUCUGAGUCCGAGGAGCUCGCCCGGAGGAAGAAGAGAUAUUCCAGUUUACAAUGGUUCAGGUACCUGUCACGGUCACCACAUCUCCCUGUUUCCUAACAUUCCAGCUACCUGCUCGUGGGAUGGCUACUGGGCAAUGCUAAUAUGCUCCACAGUCCCAGUAGCAAAUGGAACAUGGACGCCUACUGGAUGAACAAGUAACAUGCCAGUGAUGCAUUGCAGGAGCAGAAAGGAGCAGCGAGCAGCAGCGGCGGCUGACCUCGAGCUCUCGGUUGGAGUGGAGGGAGGCGGCCGGCGAGGGAUAUGCGGCCAGCGGGGAAGGAUUCGGAGUUGCGGCGGAGCAGGCAACCGGCGGGGAAAGGCGGCCGCCGGUGAGGGAGCUUUCGAUCGCGGCGAGGAAGGGCGACCAGAGGGGAUCAGGCUCUCGAUUGGAGCGGCACAGGCAACCGGCGGGGAAAGGCGCCGGAGAUGUGGACGACGGAGGAGCCUGGCGAAGGGGAGGAGCGACGGAGGAAGACGAUGGAGUCCUCGCGGAGGGAAGGAGCGACGGAGGAAGACGACGGCCCGUGCGAUUUCAAAUCGAUGGGUGGGGGAGGGGUAGUUUGGUAAUUUCACUCGUUUUCACCUGGUCGGAAAACCCCCUCCAACGACAAUUAUUUCGGAACGGAGGGAGUAGAAACUACGACCUCACACACCAUAUCUUACGCGGCUUUCCUCGUACGUGAAACCGUGGUCCGCGACACUCCCUAACGAACGAAUAUUUUGGCUGCCACGGUUUGGACACGCUGAUCGAUCGGCACAUGCAUGCUCUAGUCAUGCACUUGGCUAAACUACAAUCUCACACAGCUAGCCUCUUACACGGCUUUCCUCGUACGUGAAACCAUGGCCCAGCGACGGCCAACCCAAUGAAUCCCCCCACUCCAAACCAGUGUCACCUCACCAUCGAUCCCGGUACAUCCAUGCACGAAACUCAAAAAUGCUAGACGUACAGGCUUUUACAUGUUUCUACAGGCUCCUUCCAAACUUUCUAAACACCCCUCCCCCUGAUUUCAAUGGGGUGGGCCCGUGCCUCUACUAAUGACCAAUUAAAAACCGCCACAACACCCUGUAAACCCCUCAUGCCUGUAACAUCCUGUAUGUGUAGCAAAGCUCAACGAAACUGGGCAUGCACAGCGGGCCGGCGCCACAUCCGUCACAUGCUCGCGGCUGUGGCUAACAAGAGCCUGCGUGCCUUUAUAACGGGCCGGCGUACCUCCGGCCGAUCACGCUCGAGGAAAGCCGCGUAAUAAUGGACCGUGAAGGCUUCCUCGCCGUCCUGGUGGAGCUGACUCUCGUCUUCUUGGCCGUGUUUCUCGGCUGGUUGGCCGUGGAGUUCCUCGUCCAACGCUUUUACUUGGCGAGGAAGGUGGUUCGCUGGAUCCGGGGCCGCGGCGAUGGCCUGGCGGUGGGAGGGGAUGGCCAGGCCCAGGCGGCGGCGGGAGGGGCCGGCGCGGCGGUCUGAAGCUCCAACAACGCUGCUAGCUCCUUCAUGGUGCUUACCUCCGGCAGGUGGUGGUCCUCGGCGAUUCCGUUGGCGUCCCGUGGAAGAAGGUUUGCUGUGGAGAGGACAUGCGCCAGAGGACGACGUACGGACGGAAUUGGAGCUAGUAGCAUUCUUGGAUCUGCUUGUACGAGCAGAAAUGGCCAGUUCAUCAUCAGUUCUCUUCUACUUCAUCGUGUGUUGUUUUAUGCAUGCUUUGUGUUUGAUGGUACCUGGCUACUAGUACUAGUAAGUACUAUCUAGCAUGAUUCUCUUCUGCUUGGGACUUUGAGUCUGUUUAAGGAUCUGAAGUUUGGCAUGUACUACGUGUGUAAGACCCUGUUCCGUCAACAACUUGUUAAUUAAUGAUGAAGAAAGAAGUGGCCGUUAA